UGAAGCGUGUUAAACCGUCUCCGACGAAAUCGUUUCCCUCAAUAGAUACUCACAUUGAUUUCACUGUUUGACCGAUAUUUACGAACGCCGUAAAACAACUGAAAAUCGACUCGAGUGCUAUCUUAUCAACGUAGAUUAUGUAUACAAGUGUUAAAUUUAUUCUGUGUAAUGGCCAGAACAUUGCAUAUCAGAGACCUAACGGGUACCGUGAAGUGAAAACAGAUUUAAUAGAAGAAAGCUCAAGAAAACGUAUGGAACGUAGCGAAUUAUCUCUCAGUUUUCAUAAUCUUAUCAAAAGAGAUGAAGAACUCUACGGCUACACAAAUUACGGUAUGGAAACGCCAACACCUUCAACGACACCGGGGGACUGUUUGCAAGGAAUAUUGCAAAAUUUGGAUUCCCUGACACCCACUGGUGUUGACUCCGACUUUGACGAGAGUCUUGCUGUUCCAGAAUCUUUGUCUGUCAUUGAUGUAGAUAAGAUUAACAACAAAGAGGAAACAGAUGCUUCAGCUCCCCUAGCAACUGCAGUGCCAUAUAAAGCAAUUCACGCUCCUCCAAUUAAAUUUAAUUCAGUUCAUAGAAAAGUGUUCAUACCGGGCGUUGAAAUAAAGGUCAGGUUCGUGGAGAACGAAAGGAGCGUGACAACACAUUUACUCAACCCUAAUUUAUACACGAUAAACCUCCAACAUGGCGACUUCACAUGGACGAUUAAAAAACGUUACAAACACAUUCUAUAUCUGCAUCAGCAGCUAUCAUUGUACAGGGCAACUCUCAAAAUACCGUUUCCAACGAAAACCCACAAGUCAAGAAGAGCUAGUUUUAAGAAUACAGUUGACACUGAAGAGAAGGCGGAAAGGGUUGUAUUACAAGCCAUUCCUAGGAGUAGUUCUAAGCGACGCGAGGGCAGACCUAGAAAGCGGAAAGGAGCCCUGCCGAGAUUCCCUCGGAAACCAGAAGUGAUGGUGACAUACGAAGGCAUUCAGUUACGUAUGAAACAACUUGAGGAAUACCUCUUCAACCUACUAAAUAUAUCCAUAUACAGGAAUCACCAUGAGACAGUGAAAUUUCUCGAAGUUUCCAAUAUUUCGUUUAUAUCAGAACUGGGCACGAAAGGCAAGGAAGGAAUUAUCGAGAAGCGAACCGGUUCGACUCAGCCCGGUCAAGCUGGCUGCAACUGCUUCGGACUCCUUGGCACUAUGGUCUGUGUCAGAUGUAAUUAUUUUUGCACGGGAUUAGUUUGUGCGAAAUGGCAAGAAAGAUGGUUAUUUGUAAAGGACACUUUCUUCGGGUACAUACGACCAAGCGACGGCAUCAUAAAAGGCAUUAUGCUAUUCGAUCAAGGGUUCGAAGUGUCAAGCGGUUUGUAUUCAACGGGAAUGAACAAAGGCCUUCAAAUCCUUAACCAGAGCAGGCAAAUGGUGAUCAAGUGCUGGACCAAGAGGAAGAGUAAGGAGUGGAUGCAGUAUUUGAAGACUGUUGCCAAUCAAUCUGCCCGGGACUUUACUUACCCGAACGUUCAUCACUCCUUCGCCCCUCCUCGUGCGGCAACUCCCGUGGGGACUCUAGUGGACGGCUCGGCGUAUUUAUCAGCCGUAGCCGAUGCCAUGGAGCUGGCUAAAGAGGAGAUAUUCAUAGCUGAUUGGUGGCUUAGCCCUGAAAUAUAUAUGAAGAGACCCGCCCUUAACGGUGAUUACUGGAGACUUGAUACCAUUUUGAAAAGGAAAGCGGCACAGGGAGUGAAGGUGUUCGUGAUGCUGUACAAGGAAGUGGAGAUGGCACUCGGUAUCAACAGUUUCUACAGUAAAAGUAGAUUAGCUAGUGAAAACAUUAAGGUUUUUCGACAUCCAGACCACGCGAAGGUAGGAGUGUUAUUUUGGGCUCAUCACGAGAAAAUUGUUGUGAUCGACCAAACUGUUGCGUUUGUGGGGGGGAUAGACCUUUGUUAUGGGAGAUGGGAUGAUCACAAACAUAGGUUAACCGAUCUCGGCAACAUAUCGCAACCGAAGACCUUGAUAAAGAGCAAGAAGAAAACCUCCAGUUCCCCCGGCGGGGGGUUUUACGUGAACUACGGCAACGGAUUGGAAGCCGCGAUCGAAUUAGCAAAAUCUUCAAAAGAUAUCGUCAUUGGACUUAAUAUACCGUUCCAAGAAGUGGAGGAGAAAGCAGAAGUUACAGAGGAAGAAACGAAAACUGAAGAUGACAAUCCGAAACCCGAACCCGUCCUAGAAGCAGGCGAUCACUUAUUACAAAUAGGAACACAUCGUGACUCACACGACAGCGACGUACUUAAACGUAACGUACUAGACAAAAUAACGGACAGAGGAAAAGACUUUAUCAGUAUUAUUUACCCACCGUACGAGGAAGAGAGGAAUGAACAGAAGUUUGAUGAUUCAGAGAGAAAGAAAGCCGAGAAAUACGCGAGGUCAAACGACGAAAUACUUCUCACUGAUGUAUUGGGCAUAAAGCCAAGGUCACCCAGUGAACCUACGCCCUUAGCUCAAGUAGUCGAAGGGAGGGUGAUAACGGAAAGUACGAAAAAGGCGUUAGAAGAUAUAGAAGGGAACUCGAAAUUGUGGAUAGGCAAGGACUACGUCAACUUUAUAGUUAAGGAUUUCAAUAGCUUGGAACUACCUUUUGUUGUCUGUCCCGGCGCAGACCUGGUGGACCGCAACACGACGCCGCGCAUGCCGUGGCACGACGUGGGCGUGCUGGUGGGGGGCGCCGCCGCGCGGGACGUCGCCCGGCACUUCGUGCAGCGGUGGAACGCCAUCAAGCUGGAGAAGGCCCGGCAAAAUACAAACUACCCCUAUUUGGUGCCGAAGACAUACAGUGAUAUCAAGCCGUUACAGGGUCUGGAGCAAGUUCUCAAUAUCGACAUGAUUAACACUUCCUGUCAGGUGUUGCGCAGUGUAUCGAGCUGGUCCUGCGGAUUCCUGGACCCCGAUACGGUGGAGCAGAGCAUACACGAGGCCUACGUUGACACCAUCACGCGCGCACAGCACUAUAUAUACAUCGAGAACCAAUUCUUCAUCACCCUUUCCAGAUCCAGCAUCACCGUCAGGAACCAGAUAAGCGAAGCGUUGUACAACCGUAUAAUGCGAGCACAUCGCGCAAAAGAAUCGUUCCGUGUGUUCGUGGUGAUGCCGCUCCUGCCGGGUUUUGAGGGGGAGGUGGGGGGACCUUCGGGGACGUCCAUGCACGCUGUCACACAUUGGAACUAUCAGAGUAUAUGCAGAAGUCGAGAGGCAAUCAUCACGCGUCUCUACGAAGCAGGUAUAGAAGAUCCGUCUGAGUACAUAACCUUCCACGGACUCCGGACACAUUCAAUAUUAGACGGCGAACCGGUUACUGAGCUGGUGUAUGUACAUUCGAAGCUAUUGAUCGCUGAUGACAGAUUUAUAAUAUGUGGGAGUGCCAAUAUCAACGAUAGGUCUAUGAUUGGUAAACGGGACUCGGAAAUUGCGGUGCUUUUACAGGAUGAACAAUUCGAUGAUGGUAUAAUGAACGAGAAACCGUUUCCAUGCGGUCGACUGGCUGGUGCUCUCAGGAAGCGUCUGUUCCGGGAACACUUGGGGUUGAUGGAAGAGGACGUGUUCAAACUAAGCAUCAAUCUUGACGACCCGUGCUGCGACCAGUUCUAUAACAAAAUAUGGAAGGCCACUUCGAAGCGGAACACUGAUAUUUAUGAAGAAGUUUUUCACACGAUUCCAACGGACUCGGUGCAUACGUUCGCCGAACUUAAGAAAUACCACGAGGAGAACAGCGAAACGCUCUGGCAUAAGGACCCGGUGCUCGCGAACAGGAAAAUAGACCUUAUACAAGGCUAUCUCGUAGAUAUGCCACUACAAUUCCUUUGCAACGAAACACUUACACCGAGAAACACUUCUAUGGAGGGUAUAUUGCCAACAUCUCUUUGGACGUAAUUGAAUUAAAGUUUUGCAAUUAGAAGAUAAAAUUCAAUUAGUAUUUAAAGUGUAAAAAAAAAAAUAACAUACAUAUUAGCCAUAAUAACAUGCCUAUAACAGUAACAAUACAGUAACAGCCUGCGAUUGUCCCACUACUGGGCUAAGGCCUCCUCUCUUUUUUGAGAUAAAGGUUCGGAGCUUAUUCCACCACGAAGCUCCAAUGCGGGUGGUGGAAUACACAUGUGGCAGAAUUUCAGUGAAAUUUGACACAUGCAGGUUUCCUCACGAUGUAUUCCUUCACAGUCAAACACGAGAUGAAUUAGAAUACAAAUUAAGCACAUGAAUAUUGAGUGGUGCUUACCCGGGUUUGAACCCACGAUCUUCGGUUAAGCGUUCAUGCGCUCUAACCGGUGCGCCAUCUCGGCUUGUUGCCUAUAAAAUGAAUGAAUUUUUAUAACAAUAUAAUAAAGGCGUCUAGUGCCUAGUGCGACUAGGUUUUAAUUGUUAAUAAUAGAAUUGCACAAUAAUUAAAAAACAUAAAUAAUAUCAAAGCAAUACAGUCAAAAGUCAAAUCAGCGUUGUUGCGUCUCAGGAAUAAUUUGAAAAUUAAAAACAUAAUGUAUGAUUGCCGUUUAAAGAAUUAAAUGGUGAUUCUGUGUGAUUCUAACAAUAUUUAUAUAACAAAAAUAAUAUCUCUUGAAACUAAGUAUU